AGAAUAGAAUUUAAGUAGUUUGUAUAGUAAAAACAAUUGAAAAGAGUUUCAUUUCUCUCAUAACAUUCAUUCACAUCUCACAAACACCAGCUCUUCAAAAAGCCUUACUAUAUCAUCUUCACCACCUUCGCAUCUCAUACUAGGAAUCACCAUGGACACCAAUGGAAGAAGCAGAAGCAGAAGCAGCCCUUGUGCCUCACCAGAAUUCGAGUUCUGGAUGGUUCGAAACCCCUCUUUCCCACAACCUAACAUUCUCUCCGCAGAUCAACUCUUCGUCAACGGGGUCCUCCUUCCUCUCCACCUCCUAAACAAUCCCCACCCGCCACACCAUCCACCCGACCCGCAACCGCAACCGCAACCGGAACAGGAAUCGGAACCCUCCCCGGCUAUAACCUACUCUACUUCCGCCGCCACCCCCUCCAAGCGCUGGAAAGAUAUUUUCAAAAAGAAAAAUGCAGGAAACAGCAACGACACCAAGAAGAAAGAGAAAAAAAACGGCGUCGCCUCUUCCGCGGAGCUCAACAUCAACAUAUGGCCAUUCUCCCGGAGCAGGUCCGCGGGCAACACGACCACCCGACCCAAAUUAUUCGCCCCGGCAGCCCGUAAAGCAAACAGCGCGCCGUGCUCUCGGAGCAAUUCGGCGGGAGAAUCCAAGUCAAAGAAGUGGUCCAGCAGUCCGGGCCGAGCUGGAGUCCAUCUAGGAAGGAGCAGCCCAGUCUGGCAGGUCCCCCGUGCGAAGAACUCAGAACCCCCACCUCUCCACCACGAGAACAAAGCAAAAAGUCGCCGGAGCAAACUCGGCGGCGGGUCGAGCAACCCAAAAACAAAGGUUCUGAAUUUGAAUGUCCCAAUGUGCAUGGGGUACAGACAUCAGUCGACGUGCAGAAGUGAGGAGAAGAGUGGCAUUGGUGUCAGAGGCGCUUCGGAUAACAUCCCUGGCAGUGACAGUAACAGUGGUAACAGUAACAGUAACCCAGCUCUUGGGGUUAAGCUUUUUAACCUGCGCAGCCUCUUCACGAAGAAAAGCGUGGUAGCCUCCCACUAGUUUUCCUGAUUCAUUUGCAGUAUAUAGAUGAUCAUAUAAUAUGUGAAUUGUUUAUUAUUUAGCAGUUAGUAUUUAGUUUCCUACUGUUGUUGUUCUAAGUUUAGUUUAUUUUUAUGUGAAAAGAAAGCUAGGAGUCUAUGUUUUGGUACAACCUUUGUGCCUAACUGAAAAAGGUACCUGUUUGUGGCUACAAAACUAGAUUGGUUAUGCCAUGGUUUUGUUCUGUUCCUGCAUUAAUUGUAUUCUGACUUUUGCCUGCCAUGGUUUUGUAUUAUGUAUUAUGGCUGCUUAUAUUUUUUAAUAGAAAAUUUUCCAUUUGUCUUUUU